AUGCAGCAUUUAUAUGAUGCGUUUUCACGUGUUCAUUCCGUAUGCGAAGAUCUGCUUCAUCCCUAUAGACGUCUUCUUAGUGGGAUUCUACCAACUCAUAUUUCCGCCUUAUUGGAAUAUCUUCAAUACUUUUGUCAAAUUCGCUGCAAACUUCUUUCUUUGUACGCACUCGCCAUUUGCGGGAUCUUAAUUUCUAAAUUAAUAGAGAUUUUUCCUUUUUUGUGUAGCUUUUCAAUUGUUUCAAAUCCCGAUACAGACAUUUGUUCUUCAGCGGAGAAUUUCAGUGCUGCUUUAGAAGAUACUCUGGCUUUAGACGUCCCGGUAAAUAGUCUGCAAUCAGCUGCAGAUCCGCUAAUAAAAAUUGUCAGGUUAGAGAUGGAAAUUCUUGCCAUCUUAUUCAACCUACAGUGCCAGUUGUCAAAUUUGGAAUUUCUAAACUCCAUUCUCUCUCUCCAAUCCCUGUCUAUAAAAUUGGAUAAAUACUCGACACGAAAUGACACGGUUGUAGAAGCACCGACCCCAUUCAUGAAUUGGCUUCGUGAUUUUCACUCCUUAUUGUUAGCAAAAUUUACUCUCUACUGGUACACAAUUUUUCACCCCAUAGCAACCAAAUCCAUCUCUAUGCAGCAUAAUCUGGCCAAGGAGAACCCCCGUAUUGUAUUGCACGUUCAGGAGUUUGUUAGAAAGUACGAAGGUUCUAGUGUGUCAAUUUUCUUCGACGCCUAUCUUCAAGAUUUUGAUUAUCUCGGGCACAGUUAUGUUCCUCCUGGUGCGGCGGGAAUGUACGUGAAAAGUUCUGUCGCAAUCCCCUGUAUCUUUACAUAUCCGCUGACUGAAUCGAAUGCAGUUCCUAAGAACGAUUAUCCAGUGAUAAUGCGGGCUCUGCACUCUCUUCUCACUGUGACUACUUGGAAAUCCCCUCGUCAGAUUGUGGGCCAAUUUGAAGCCCAGUUGGGGAAGACCUUCUUUGUGCAGAAACUGGAGAAACGAUACUAUAUGGCGGUUGUUGUUGAGGACGAGCAUGGUGCUCUUGUGGAAAACAGCCAUAUACGCGAUUUUAUCAAUCGAAUUUGCGAUUGUACCCAGAUUAUUGAUGUGGCUCGAACGCUCCAAUCACGUAGUUGA